AUGAUAAAAGCUGGGCAUUCCCCCACGUUUGUCUUUUAUUUCUCCUCCGCAUUUCUCUCCUUCAGAACACUAGUCGAUAUACCUUUCAACCAGAAAAAAAAAGCAGCCUUUCAUACUUGGUUUCACUCUUUGCAAGGAAAAGGGGACCAUCACCUCUACGAUUGCUCAUUCACCAUGGAAAAUUUCAUACACUGUUCACACCACCCAAUAUCCAAGCCAUCACGUCUCUGGGCUGCGUCAUCCUUCCAAUACGGAGACGCCGGCGCUCUCCAAAUAGACCAUGCCAAUGAUGGUGAUGAGUAUGACCUUCAUCUAGAUCUCGGCACACAACAUGUAUCGCACCCGUUGAUGGUGUCCCACGCCCAAGGAGACAACUUGGAUCCUAGUAUUUUCUUCAUCCCAGAGCCUCAGGAGAUGCAGAGGGACCCUCUGAUCCGUUACACCUUGAACCCCGACCUCGUCAACACUUUGCGAGAUGAUUACGGUCCCCCGAACCAUGGCAAGUUUUCAGCGGCGGAGACAUUAUCCCAAUUCGAUCCUUCCUCGCAGAGCGUGCACCAUGGGGACGAAUGCGCGCCUCCAGGGCUUCUCGAGUCACCCGAAAUGUCGACAUUUGGAGUCUUAAAGACGCUCGAAGGAUCACCGCCGACUGUAGACUUGACGACACGUACGGCGCCGCCACCAGAGCAGUGGGAGGUAAACAAAGCGAAUAUAUGGACACACUACAUCCGACAAAACUUGCCUCUUCCUAAACUGAUUAAGCUGAUGAAGGCAAAAUACGGUCCAGCAAUGUACAAGAGACGCUUCGUAGAAUGGGGAUGGUCAAAGUACAAGCCUCGGCAAGCAAAAGCGAAACAGGCGCCCACCUUUUCCAUUUUGAAACCUUCAAACUCGUCCCGCCACGCACCAUCAGGGCGAUUCAGUUUACAAAAUGAUGUAUGGCCGUUACGUUCUGCCUUGAUUCCGGUCGACAGUAUUCCUGUCAAGUUGAUUAUGGAUGAUCUACUCACCAACGUGAGCAAAGUGUAUCAUUCAAGGUGGGAAAUUGAACGAAGAUGGAAAGUCGAUAAUCCUUUCCGCGUCUUGGAGGACGAGUACGAUAAUUUAUUCGUAAAGGUGGUCAGUUUUGCCAACGAUUCUCCUGCAUAUCGUUCUGCCACCUGGAAAUCCGGAAUUGGAGACAUCUUCAACGCGCUGGACCCUGUCAUGGAGGAGUGCGGUCUUUUCGCACUGCCGACUAUCUGGACAUCCGUUUUUCGCCUCCUUAAGGCCAAACAGCCGCAGGCCGCUAUUGACAUGCUGUUGCGAACUAUUCGACUAGCCCGUAUACAUGAUUGGGACAAGCCAUUCCAACAUAUCCUACAGCUCCUACCAUCUUUGGUGAGGAUUGUCGGAUCAGACAUUACACACCUUCAAGACGGUCUGAGGGAGGCGUACCGUCGAUGCCUUGACGAGACGGGAUCCUCGUUGAGCCUCAGCAAACUCACGCUCCUGUCACUGCGUGGCUUCUUCGUCAACUAUGUGGACAAGCAGUGCUCAAUCCAGCAAAGAAAAACAUUGGCCGAAACGAAAGACUUGGUCGAGGAAUCUAGAAUUAAAAAUGGCGUGAAUUCUUCCACGACCCUCGACAUAAUGGGACAAUAUUUGUUCAUUCUUCAGUCACACCCUGUUUGGGAGCCUGAAUUGGAGAGGGUUGCAGUAGAAAUUGAUCAACAGAUCAAGCAGCUUCGACUUCAAAAGAAGGGCCCCCUUGAUGCGGAGUUGUCGAUGACUUGGAAGGACGCGAGACAUGUCCUUGCCGAGUAUUACUAUCGUAAGGAUGAUGUCCCCAGAGCUAUAUCCACAUUGAAAGAGUAUAUGACUCAAUGUGCUGGUGACGGCGAUGAUGGUUUUGAUCACAUCGCCAAAACGAAGCUCGAUCUCUGGAGCAAGAAUGAAAAGGCCAGGCUGGCCGAACAGAAUGAACACUACUCAUUCUGCAACCAAUUUUGUUCCUGUCCUUGGCGAGGAGUAGACUGGGAUUCCCUUAUUUGGGAGCACCUGUGA